CGGUGGCGGGGCCAUGCGCGACGGGAGCUGGCGGGGGCGGCGGGGCCAUGGGGGCGAUGGGGCCGCGGCUGCUGCUGGCCGCGGGGCUGCUGCUCGCCGCUGGCACCGGCAGCACUGCAGGUGACAGCUCGCAGCAGCAGCAGCGCAGUGAGGAAUUAGGACACUCCUGGUCAGUGACCCCGUGGGUGCUGUGGGAUAACCGGACACUCAGCUUGGCAGAAGCCACCCAGGGGGGGUUCCCCGCCCGUCUGACAGUCCUGCUGGAGCUGGAGGGGGUGCGGCUGCUGCUGGAGCUGGAGCAAAACUGGGAGCUGGUGCAGGGCACUGGGGCACUGCUCUAUUACCUGCCCGAUGGCACGCGGGCGAUCCAGGAGCCCAGAGAGCAGGAGCACUGCUGCUACCAGGGGACAGUGCAGGGCUUCCCUGGCUCCUGGGCCAACCUCUGUGCCUGCGCUGGACUCAGUGGCCGCCUCUGGCUGUCAGACACCAGGAGCUACACACUGGAGCCAGACACCAGCAGUCCCACAGGGCAGCACGGGGCAUCCCACCUUCGGCUGGAGCCACAGAGCUGCAGGCAGGGCCCCCACCCUGGGGCAGAGGCAACAGAGCCCCCCUGGCCACAGAGGGGCAAGCGGGCAGCGGCAGAGCAGCACUUUGUGGAGCUGGUGAUGGUGGUGGACCACGCUGCGUUCCAGAAUUACCCCAACCUACAACGUGUUCACACCCGGACCCUGGAAAUCGCCAACCAGGUGGAUGUGUUCUUCCGCCCGCUGGGAGUGCGGGUGGCCCUGCUGGCGGUGGAGGUCUGGAGCGAGGGUGACAAGAUCGCGGUGGGCGGCAGCGCCCGGGCCGUGCUGGAGCGGUUCCUGCGCUGGCGCCGGGAGGAGCUGCUGCCCCGGCUGCCCCACGACAAUGCCCAGCUCCUGACGGGUGCCCACUUUGAUGAUGUGUCCGUGGGGAUGUCGACUCAAGCCUCCAUAUGUUCCCCCACGCGCUCUGGGGGCGUCAGCAUGGACCACUCUGUCAGUGUCCUCGUCGUGGCCUCCACUGUGGCCCAUCAGCUGGGGCACAACCUGGGCAUGCGCCACGACAGCGCCGGGCGCCUCUGCGACUGCGGCGACCUCCGGCACGACCGCGGCUGCAUCAUGGCACCACCCACGGGGUUGACACCUGGCUUGAGCUUCAGCAACUGCAGCCGGCAGGACCUGGAGCGCAGCCUGCAGCAGGGCCAGGGCUGGUGCCUCUCCAAUGUCCCCGAGCCCCAGCUCCUGACCGGGAGCCCCACCUGCGGGAACCACUUCGUAGAGCUGGGCGAGGAGUGCGACUGCGGCCUCAGCGUGGAGUGCACCGAUCCUUGCUGCAACAGCAGCUCCUGCCAGCUGAUGCCAGGAGCUGCAUGUGCCACCGAGGACGCCUGCUGUGAGGACUGCCAGCUGCGCCGUGCUGGCCACGUGUGUCGGGAGCCGCUGGGCGAGUGUGACCUGCCCGAGUUCUGUGACGGGGUCUCACCACGCUGCCCCCCUGACACAUUCCUGCAGGACGGGCAGCCCUGUGCCGGCGGGCGGGCACACUGCUACAGCGGGGCCUGUGCCACCUACGAGGGGCAGUGCCAGCAGCUGCUGGGGCCAGGUGCCAGUCCUGUCUCCAGCUCCUGCAUGGCUGCCCUGAACACAAGAGGAGAUGAACGUGGGCACUGCGGGCAGCUCCCCAACGGCUCCUAUGUCACUUGCACACAGCAGGACACCAGGUGUGGGAUGCUGCAGUGCCAGCGCAGCAGCUCCCAUGGGGACAGCCCAGAAGGGUCCUGCCAGGGGAUCACCCUGCCUGGGGAUGAGGAUGUGACCGAUGCAGCCAUGGUGCUGCCUGGCACCACCUGUGGCCCUGGGAAGAUGUGCCUCCAGCACCGGUGCCAGGACAUCUCCAUGCUGGGUGACCAGCAGUGCCAGAGCAAAUGCCAUGGGCACGGGGUGUGCAACAACCACGGGCACUGCCACUGUGAGCGGGGCUGGGCCCCCCCAAGCUGUGACAGCCCCGGAGUGGGGGGCAGCCAGGACAGCGGCCCUGCCGGCCUUGAACGAGGGGGAAGCGCCCUGCCCACGGCCCUGCUGCUGAGCGCGCUGCUGGGGCUGGCGCUGGCACUGGGGCUGUGCCGAGCCCGCCGUGCCGGCCUGCACAAGCACCUCUGCCAGCUUGGAAAGGGCACCUCCUGCCAGUACAGGAUCUCACAGCCAGAGCCCCCGUCGGGCAGCAGCCAAGGGCCCCCUGCGCGUCCCCGGCCCCCGCAGUGGCGGCAGGCCACGGAGCUGCAGGUCAUGCAUGGCAGCAAGCCGGCUGCCCUCGGCUCAGCCCGGCCUGAUCCGCCCUCCCGGCCUCUCCCGCCGGACCCUGUGCCCAAGGCCCCCCCCUCGGACAGGCCGCCCCCCCCCACACGCCCGCUGCCCGCAGACCCUGUGCUGCUGAGCGCUCAGCCCCCAGGUCCAGCCAAGCCCCCUCCACCGCAGCGGCCGCUGCCCUCAGACCCCCCGGGCCCUUCGCUGGCCCGCAGUGAGACCCCCCCUGGGCACGCCUAUGUCACCGUGAUUCCUGCCAGGCCCGCCCCGGCCCCGCCAGAGGCCUGAGCCGCGGGCAGGGAAUGCGCAGCGCUGGAUCCGCGGGGAAGGCCGAACCCCGCCGGGCUCCGCCGCCCCCUUUUUCUCCCGCCACGUCAAUAAAGGGGCUGUGAGCGCC